AUGGAUAAAGACAUGGAGGACACUGAGAAGAUCGUUGACUCGCUCAUCUCAGACGUCAUUGAACAGGCUGCUCAAGCUCAAUCUUUUGGUCUGGAGGAGCUAUUUGCUGAGCCUCUUAAGGUGAGACCUGCAGAGGCUGACGAAGACAAGGUCAUGGAGAUACCAUCAGGACCUUCAGAAGAGGAUGGACGUACUUUGGUUUCCCAGGGAGGAAAUGAAGCAGCAGCAGACCAGACAGUCGUCAUGAAUUCCUCCACCAUGUCUCUCGUAAUAAUGAGAUUUUUCCAGAGCCUCACUGAAGAGCAAUGGAGGGAAGUCAGCGAGGGCGUUUUCAAUCGAGACGUGAAGGAGAAGCUGAUUGACAUGUGCGUGGAUGUGCUGAAGUUCACCUCAGACUCAGUCAUUAGAAAUGUCUUGGAGUCACUUGCUCAGUCAUCCACCUCAUCUGACACCUUCACCCUGAAGACCCCCUCUGAAAUCCAGAGAAGUGUGGAGAGCUCUUUCAGCCAGGCUGUCUGUGAUAUUGUCGGGACAGACAUCCCCGUUAGGAUUUCACCUGAAUUCACAGAGGCCAUAGCAACUGCAGUACUUGAAGUGGUCACCCCGGUCCUCUCCGUGGCCGUACAAGCCUCAGUGGAUGAACGGUCCACGAUCGCCACUGCUCCUGCCAGCCUCCAGGUGUCAAAGGACAAAGUAGCCAAGAAGACUCUGGCAGGAGCUAUUUCCACCAUGAAAUCCCUCCUUACAGGGCGAGGCGCUGUGAUCAAAAGGAGGGUUAUGUCCCAACAAGGGUUGGAGCCUAACAAAGAUGAAGAGACACCAGCCACAGGACGUAACAAAAAGAAAAAUGAAUCUGUGUGGAGGAGGUGUUUUAGACUGAAGAGAAAGAUCCAGCCAUUUCCACAGGAGGAUUCAAAUGGAGCGAAUGGUGCUCAAAAGGGCAAACAGGAGUCCCGCUCUCCUCUUACAACAUCCUCCAUCACAGAGGACCCACCCCUGGCUGAAACUACGACUGGUGAGAUCCAAGAGGAAGAGGAGACAAACUUCUCUAACAGCUCCUCAAAGUUGGACUAA